GUAAAAUAAUUGUGCGGCUAUUGUUUUUUCUUUAAUUUAACAAUUUAAUAUUUAAGAACUUUUAUAUAGAAAUUAUAUAUUUUAAAAACUUAACUCACAUACCAAUUAUUUUAAAAUAAAAUGACGCCGUGGGGUAAAAUCUGUCGUAUUUGUGCCAGCCCUGCCGAUUAUGAAAUUUUUGCAAAUAUUCCAAUUUAUUUACAUGCAAAUUGUAAAGAUUAUUUGGAUUGGCAAAAACCCAUUAAUGAAAUGCUUGAGGAGACCACUGGACUUAAGGUCUCUCCCGAUGAUGGUCUUCCGAAAAAUAUCUGUGCAUUAUGCAUUUCAUAUUUGAAACAUGCAAAAACAUUUCGAGAACAAGCCAUUAAUACAUGUCUCAAUUUUUUAGCAGUUAAGGAAUAUAAAAACAUUAUGAACGACAAAAAAGUCUGGAAUUAUGAUGAAAUAAUCGAUGAUGUAGCAUCGACCAUGACUCAACGUAAUUACAAUGACGAUGAUAAUCUGAAAAAUAAUCAAAGUAAGGAACAAAAUAAAGUUUCCAAACAACUUAUGUCCAAUACAAAUAUCAAUGCUACGCCAACACUUUCAAGACAAAUACAACUUUCAUUACAAUAUCUAAGCAAACUGUAUGAUAACAAUGUAAAUGUAGCAGCACCUGCCGCUUCAAAUUUAGAAAGGGGUGGUGGUAAUAGUUCAUACAAAACAACAAAACAAAGACAGAGGCAAUAUAAUAAAACAAUUGACAUGAUGAUGCCCAGUUCGAGUGGAAAUAAUAGUAAAAGACAAAAUUUGGAAGACGAUUUACCCAGGACAACCUCGAGUGAUGAAUAUGAAACACCCGAAGAAGCUGGAACGGGGCAUAUUAAGAACAAUAUAUUUUCAUAUAAAGAGAAAAAUUUUGAAGAGGAUGAUAUCAUGGAUUUAGAUGAACUUAAAGAUGCUAUAACUAUUAAUAUACCAUCAACAUGUAAAGAGCACAAAUGCUCGUUUUGCUUUAAACGUUUUAUGUUUGAAGAAUCCUUUGGUGAACACAUUAAAACCUGUAUUGAGUAUAAAUUUGCCACAUUCCUAGAAGAAAUGAAUAAUCUUUUAUUCAUUAGACGUGCCAAAGAGAUAUCACCACAUGAAUUUAUACGACGCAUGAUAUUUAGUUUGCGUAAAACCUGUGAGUGGUUAAAGGAAAAUUGUAUAGACACCACUUUGCCGGAUUUGUUGCAAAACAAUAAAACGUCAGCAGUAGCUGCCACAAAUAAACAAAGACUUUUUAGUGAAACUAAAUCGACUGGCUCGUCCAUAGAGGAUCAACAACUUUUAAAUAAAAUAGGAAAUAGUAAGUUAAAUAAGACUAUAUUAGCCACAUCAUCUCCCAUUUUAAUGGCUAAACCAAAUGUUAACGUACGCAGUACACCCAUUAAUAUGAGCAAUAAUAUUUUACAUGAGAUAGAGCGAUCAGAAAGUAGAAACUCUCAAAAAUUAAUACUGAAAAAACCUAUACCCAUACUGGCCACUUCUUCCGCCAUUAAUACUAUUAAUAAUUUACAAACAACUACAUCACAAGACUCGGAACGUUUAGCAUUUAUGGAAAAAUUACAAAAUGCUGCCAAACCUAUAGUGGCCCCAACAAUUGGUGCUACAACCCCUGUAAAGCCAAUACUGCAACUGAAGACGAAUAAUCCUCCCACACCACUUAUUAGCGUUAGACAAGACUUAUUGGCGAAUGCAAAUACAGCAAUUCGUCAUACGUCGCCUUUGCUAGAAUUGCUGCAGUCCUCAACAUCUCAUAAUUCCACAACUCCUGUUAUUAAUCCUUGUGCCCGAUGUCCUCAAUGUAAUUUAUAUUUCGAAACUUUAGAUGCUUUAGAAAUUCACAAUGCUAUGCAGCAUAAUUCACUAACGACUGCUUCGUCCUCUUGUGUACCAAGUACUCAAUCACAAGAUGAUGAUGAUGAUUUGGAUUCGGAACAUAAACGCAUAAUUGCACUGUUUGAAGAUGAUGACGAUAUUUAAAAUAACCAGUAAUUUGUGUUAAAUUUCUAGAAUGAAACUGUUUUAUUUUAGAUGUAACAAAUGUAUUAACAACAAUAUUUUUUUGAAAACUGCAAUUCCUGUUAAAUAGUUUGAGUAAUGAGUUAUCUAAAACUUUCUUCUUAUUUAUUUGUUUAUAAAGUAGUAUUAAUUUAUUUUUUAUGUUUUAUUAAUAUGUAAUUUUAAAAGUUAACUUGAAAAAAUUUACUUUUACCAAACUACGAAUGAUGUCGACAAUUCUCGAAAUCAUGUUUGUCUUUAUAAAUACGUCUCUAUAUAAUACGUUUUGUUAUAUAAUAGUAUAUUUAAAGCCAAUUUACGGAUUUGUUUUUUUUAUAAAAAAUGAAAACUGAUUUUUUUUAAAUAAGAUAUUUUAUUCUAAAAAAUGAUCUUAAGUUUAAAAUCCGUUAACAGACCUUUCUUUCCAGUUAUAUUUAUUUUAGAUUUUGACCAUUAGAUACUUUAUAUACGUAUUUAUUUUAUGAGUUUAAUAUUUUAUUAAAAAAAAACUAUUUUUACGUAAAUGUACGUAUAAUUAAUGAAAACGUUGAACCUAUUUUAAAGCAUUUACAAACGUAUUAAAAUUUUUAAAAUUUUAUUUAUUUGUGAAAAUUGGAAAAUUUUUAUGUUCUAUAUAAAUUUAAUAAAACGAUAAUAAACAUUAAAACU